AUGAUUGAAUCAAAUAUAUUUCGUGUUGCAACUUUUAACGUACGCUUUGAUAAUAAUGAUGUUCCUACCACUUCUGUAAAUAAGGUUUCAUCAAUUGUAACUCAAGGCGAAACCCCAUGGCAGGUUAGACGAGUUAAAGUUGCCGACACAAUACUUUUUCACAGAAUUGACCUAGUUGGUUUACAGGAAGCUUUGUAUAACCAAAUCAAAGAUUUGGAGCUUUUGCUUGGUUCUAGUUGGGGUUGGAUAGGAGUUGGAAGAGAUGAUGGGAAGAAAUCAGGAGAGUUUAACCCAGAUAUUCCCGGUAGCAUAGGCUGGGACGCCGCUCUUACGCGUGUUGUUACUCAAGCAAGAUUCCAAGAUUUAUUGACAAAUACUACAUUUGUUUGGAUCAAUACCCAUUUUGAUCACUUAGGAACAAAGGCUCGAUUAGAAAGCUCUAAAUUGUUAUUGAACCAUGCUCGUAAAUUAGCUUCAUCAAGUUCACCAACACUAAAAGUGUUUUUAUCGGGCGACUUUAAUUGUGAAGAAAGCGCUGAGCCUUAUAAAUUACUUACAGGAGUAAAGCAUCAAGAUAUUAAAUCAAAGGAUCAAGAAUCUAUUACGAAUUUGUCCACUAUGAUUUUCGCCGAUACUCGUUAUGAGAUUAAUGGUCUUAAAGGAGGAUCAUUUGGCUUUUCGAAAACUUUUACGGGAUUUUCAAAAGAUACGAAACAAGAAAGGAUUGAUUUCAUCUUAGUUGAUAACAUUAGCAUUUCAACACGAGCUGUCGGGGUGAUCAGUCAUGGGGUGGUGUCGAACCUUUACGAUGAAAUGUAUAUUAGUGAUCAUCGUCCGGUUAUUUCUGACUUGCUCAUUCGUUAA